AUGCUAUUUGUAUCUACUACAAAGAGUUUUGUCCCCAACUACAAAUGUGUAAUCCAGAACAAUUUGGCAGCAGUCAUCGGGGGAUUGGACUCCCAGAUCUCCCUUCAUGUGGCAAUUGUCUUGGAUAUCUACAAGAUUCCCCAGGGAGGCAUUUGUGUUGCUUUCAUCGAAAAAAGCCCCAGGUUUAGUUUUGUCACUGAAGUUGAAGAUAUGAUCCAAAAAGGCAUGGAAAUAUAUGAUAAAGUCAUGAGCAGUACAUCCAACGUAGUGGUGGUGUAUGGAGAUGCUCAUUCCAUCGCAUUCUUGAGGUGGUUGCCAUAUCUAAAGGAACUAGAACAGGGCCCAAUGACCCCAAAAGGAAGAGUAUGGAUAACGACAACCCACAUGGAGCUCACUUCAUUCACAUAUCAAAGGGCAUGGGACUUAGAUAUAAUCCACGGCACUCUGUCCUUCACAGUUCACUCAGCUGAUGUUCCAGGUUUUAAACAGUUUGUUGAGAGCAGGGACCCUUCCAGUAGCAAUAGUGAUGGCUUCAUCCAGGACUUCUGGGAACAUGCAUUUGACUGUGUAUUCCCAAAUCGAUCUUUGGGCAAGGAGGAGGAAGUAAUUUGCACUGGGGAGGAGAAGCUGGAGAGUCUUCCUAAACCUUUUUUUGAAAUGAGUAUGACUGGGCAUAGCUAUAGCAUCUAUAAUGCUGUCUAUGCUGUAGCCCAUGCUUUACAUGCCAUGGCCUCAUCUAGAUUCAAAUAUAGAGCAAUAAUGGAUGGAGGUGGAUGGAAACUUCAUAUUCAACAGGUGUGGCAGCUCCAUCACUUUCUAAGAGGUGUUUCUUUUAAUAACAGUGCCGGGGACAAGAUUUCCUUUGACCAGAAUGGAGAGAUAUUAGAUAGAUUUGAUGUGAUGAACUGGAUUUUCCUCUCAAAUAAAUCUUUCCAUAGAGUAAAAGUUGGAAAGAUGGAUUCCCAGCUUCCUCCAGAUGAAGCAUUCACCAUUGAUGAGGAUGCUAUUACAUGGCCAAGGUGGUUUAACCAGGCACAGCCUCAUUCUGCAUGUAGUGAGAGCUGCCAUCCUGGUUAUAGCAAGAAAAGGAAGGAGGGGGAGCCAUUUUGCUGCUAUGAUUGCAUCCCAUGUCCAGAUGGGAAGAUUUCAGACCAAGACGACACGAUUGACUGUUUGAAAUGUGCAGACAAAUACUAUCCAAACAAAAACCGGGAUUUAUGUAUUCCCAAGGAAAUAAGCUUCUUGUCUUAUGAAGAACCUUUGGGGAUCACUUUUACCGUUGUCUCUCUUUCCCUUUCUUUGGCCACAGGCUUUGUGAUGGGAAUAUUUUUGAAGUACCAUAACACUCCCAUCGUCAAAGCAAACAAUCGGAGCCUCUCUUACACUCUCCUCAUCUCCCUCCUGCUCUGCUUCCUUUGUGCUUUGCUAUUCAUCGGCCCACCUGAGAAGGUGAUAUGUCUGCUGAGACAAAGUACUUUUGGCGCCACCUUUUCAUUGGCUGUUUCCUGUGUGCUGGCAAAGACAGUCACUGUGGUUCUCGCUUUCAUGGCUGCCGAACCAGGAAGCCGGUUGAGGAAGUGGGUGGGGAAAAGACUGGCCAACUCCAUUGUUCUUUCUUGCUCCCUUGUCCAAGGACUGAUUUGUGCUGUGUGGCUGACCACAUCUCCCCCCUUUCCAGACACUGACAUACAUUCAGUGACUGAAGAAAUUCUGUUGGAAUGUAAUGAGGCAUCACCUGCCAUGUUAUAUUGUGUCUUGGGCUACAUGGGAUUCUUGGCUAUUUUGAGUCUGGCUAUGGCUUUCCUUGCCAGAAAGCUACCGGACAGUUUCAAUGAAGCCAAUUUUAUCACCUUCAGCAUGUUGGUGUUCUGCUGUGUCUGGUUAUCCUUCUUCCCAACCUACCUCAGCACUAAGGGAAAAUACAUGGUAGCUGUGGAGAUCUUCUCGAUCUUAGCCUCCAGUGCUGGGCUGCUAGGUUGCAUCUUUUCUCCCAAGUGCUACAUUAUUGUGUUGCGACCUGAACUGAACAAAAGGGAACAAUUUAUCAGGAGAAAGUUUUGA